AUGAGCCCCCAAUUAACCGUAGUAGAAACACCCAAACAGUACAUAAAAUCCAAAGCUAGUCAGCUUCGACAAGAAACAUAUCAUGGAAUAGCUCUGACAACUGUCACAGUCAUGGCUUUCUUCAUCACAUUUUACAAGAUUUGGUAUCCAGCCCAGGUUGUGUUUGAUGAAGUUCAUUUCGGGAAGUUUGCUGGAUUUUACUUGAAACGCUCUUAUUUCUUUGAUGUUCAUCCUCCACUGGCAAAGUUAAUGAUAGCAGGUGCAGGUUACUUGCUUGAUUAUGAUGGCCACUACAAUUUUGACAAGAUUGGAGAGAGCUACAUUGAAAACGAUGUACCUUACAUUGGACUGCGAGCUUUACCAGCCAUGCUCAAUGUUUUUAGUGCAUCUUUUAUGUACUCAAUUAUGAAACAAUCUGGUUAUUCGGUUGUAACAUGUACGCUUGUGGCUGGCAUGUAUAUCUUGGAUAACUCGCUUGUUGCCCAACAUCGCUUGAUUCUUCUUGACAGUAUGCUCAUAUUCUAUAUGCUCGGAACAAUUUACGCAUAUAUUAGGUUCCACAAACAAAGGCACCGAGCAUUUUCUAUGGGAUGGUGGUCUUGGCUUAUACUAUCAGGUGUGAUGAUGGCAAUGACUCUUAGUGUCAAGAUGGUGGGCCUAUUUAUUGUAGCCACUGUAGGUGUGUCUGUGCUAGUAGAUCUGUGGGGGCUUUUGGAUCUACAAAGGGGUUUGUCUAUGGGGCAAUUUAUGAAACACUUUUUGGCGCGCGCUUUUGCUCUUAUAAUUAUACCAGCUGCAAUAUACACCUUUUGGUUUUAUAUUCAUUUUGUUAUACUGGAUCACUCAGGGCCCGGAGAUGCGAUGAUGAGUCCAUUAUUCCAAUCUACGUUGAAGAGUAGCCCUCUUUUAAUGAAAACAUUAGAUAUACAUUAUUACGAUAGUAUUUCAAUAAUGCACAAGGAUACUUCUGCAUAUCUUCAUUCCCACAAUCUGACGUAUCCAUUACGAUACCCAGAUGGUCGUAUCAGUAGUCAAGGUCAGCAAGUUACAGGAAUCAAAGCGCCAAAUGAAAACAGUUACUGGCGCAUCAAACCAACAAAGGAAAUUGCUGCAGACACCAAGAUACCUGUGCGUCACGGCGAUGUUAUUCAAUUGGAGCACAUUGGAACUGGAACUAACCUCUUGACUCACAAUGUCGCCUCUACACACAUGCCAACCAACCAAGAAGUCAGGACAGUCCCUUUGGGCGAACGCAAUGAAGAAACACUUUUUGUAGUAUACUUGAGUGAGCACGAAAGUGGAAAUGUGUGGCAAACACAUCGUAAGCCUUUCAGACUAUUACAUAAAUCUACGGCAGUAGCUAUCUGGACACACCAAAAGCCUCUUCCUGAUUGGGGACUUGGUCAUCAAGAAGUCAAUGGAAAUAAGAAGAAUUCAGAAUCAAGCAACUAUUGGAUAGCUGAUGAGAUUCUUGGUCUCAAUGCUACCGAGAUCAACUCUAAGAAGAAGGGAGAGCUUGGGCAUCUUCCAUUUUGGAGAAAAUUUGCAGAACUUCAACUCAAGAUGCUAUCUCACAACUCCAGAUUGACUAAACCCCAUCCAUACCAGACAUAUCCUUACCAAUGGCCUCUUAUGUUGCGUGGAAUAUCUUAUUGGACAAAUACUGCAACAAAGGAGCAAAUAUACAUGACUGGAAAUGUUGCUGGCUGGUGGCUGUCUAUUACGUGUGUUUUCUUCUUUGCUGGGCUGUUGAUACUAGACGCAUUGGCCAAAAGAAGAAAUUAUGAGCCCAUUCUAUCAGCUGUUCACCACCGAUUAACCCAAUCUGGCGGUUUCUUCUUUCUCACUUUUGCAUUACAUUAUUUCCCAUUCUAUAUAAUGGGACGUACUCUAUUCCUUCAUCAUUACCUUCCUGCUGUAACUGCGAGUUAUUUAUUACUCGGUACUGUGUUUCAGUACAUUUUUGUGGACGGAAUUGACUUGCCAAUCUCAAGUUGUGGCUCGAUAUCUAAGCACAAAAAGGAGACAUUCAUUACAGCUCGCCCGUCUUUCAAAUCCUACAUUGCCGCAAUCAUAAUAAUUACCAUGCAGCUUUCUGUCUUUAUAUUUUUGUCUCCAAUUACUUAUGGAACCCAGGGACUGACUUCUGAAGAAGUUACAAGACAUAAAGUAUUAAAGAGUUGGGACCUUGCAUUCGAAAAUAAAUAA